UCUCUUUCCUCCCACUCCUCUCAGGAGAGACCAAGAAGUGCCUUUGAGCAGCUGUACUCUGGGGAUCCGGCGCAGCAGCAGCAGCAGCAGUAUCAGCAGCAGCAGCAGCAGCAGCAGCAGAGGGGGAAGAUGAGUGCUGAUGAGCAGCUGGAGAGGAUGAAGAGGCACCAGAAGGCCCUCGUCCGCCUGCGCAAACGCACACUGAGUCACGGAGACCGGCACAGCCCUUCAACGCCACGCACCUCGUCCUCGCCGCGGCCACUCUCAGCAGACCUGGGAUCAUGGAAGAGAGAGCAGGAGUUUGACCUGCAGUUGCUCGAGAGGGCUGUUCAGGGGGAGGAGGCACAGGGAGUUAGGAGCGUCCAGGGGGAGGAAAGACCUCCCGAGCACAAAGAGAGACCGCGCUCACACUCCGACGAAUGGCUGACCUAUCGCUCCGCGGCCACAACGCCACCCGCCGACGAAGUCCACCUGGAGCCGCUAGAAUACGACGUGGACCUCAACAAGGAGCUGUCCAAGCCUCAGAAAGUCCUGAUCCCAGAGCGCUACGUGGAUUCAGAGUCUGAGGAGCCGCUUAGUCCUCAGGAGGUGGAGGAGCGUCAUCGCAAAGUGGAACGCAUUAAGAACAUCUUGGCAAAGUCCAGUGUGCAAAACCUGGCAGUGAGCGUCUCUGUGGACAAACCGGAGGUGGGUCUGGUGGCCCUGGACUCCGCUCUUCAGGAGCAGGAGAGGAUCAUCACCAUGUCCUACGCUCUGGCCUCGGAGGCGUCGCUCAAGAGCAAACUCGUCGCUGCUCAAGCCGUGUCCGGACACUGAGGUGCUAUACUCCACAGCGACGACUGGAUUCUGCGAGGAAAGGAUUUUCAGACAUUUACAAGUUUCCACACGGCAGGAGAAACCGCGGAAGUUCACAUUUUACAAGACAAAAACGAAACUUCCAAACUUCCCAGAGGGAAACAGACGCCGCCGCUGUGCUCACUGACGCCCAGGGUCUAACGAAGCGUUAAUCUCGCGUGAAUAAAAUGAUUAUUUUCUACAUGUUAUUGCACUUUGAAAUGUACACUGUUUAGAGUUUUCCGACGUACGACUGACUCGCUUUUACCUGCUGUGUGAGCUCGACUGGGAACUUUCUGUUUUUUUUCGCUUUUGUCAGGUACGAAAACGUGACGAGGGCGAAUUUUUUAAGGAACCUCAGAUAAUAUUCUUACACCAAACCACUUGUAUGUAUCUGUAGCACUGCCAGUCUCCUGUUAGCUUGCCAAAAUGAGUUUUAUUUUUGCUUACAUCAGGACGGAAAUAACCUUUAACAUAUUUUCUGUGUGACUGGGGGAAAAGGUUGCAUAAUGGAAAUUUAUAAAAAUGUGAAUAUUAAAGAUAUUAACACAACA